ACUGAAGUGAUGUUUUCAAAGUGAAAGUUGAUUUUUCCAACAAAACGACAUUUUUAAGGAAAUUUAGGACACUUUUCUCGACUGAUUGGGAAAGGUUUUAGAUUAUACUUCCAGGAAAUAGCGAAAACCUACGUAAACAGAAAGGGAAAAGGAUAAAAAAUCAUCAAGUAGGGGAAAUUCAACGUGGCGGUGAAAUAUAUAUCCGUCUCUCUUCAGUUUUCAAUGAACCUCGAAGAGGAAAAGAGUCAGCAUGAUUUUCUCUUUCUAUCUCUCCAAAUGUUUUCCUUUCUCAAAAUCUCUAAUACCAUCAAUGGACGCGUGGAAUCAGCGUAAAUUUUCAUAAGAGUGCGAAAGAGAAAGAAGAAAAAAUCGCCGUUUGUGGAGAGUCUUCUCUCAUAGCGCGAUAAUUUUGAAAUCAGUUUUUUCGCGGACUCGAAGGAAAACGGGUGCUCUUGACAAAAUCGGCUCUUCUGAAGUGAAAAAUCUUGUGUGAAAAUUCUCAGAGAUUUUCCCACAAUUUCUCAAAAAAAAAAGACAGAUCAAGUAAAAGAAAAUAAAGUCUGUGUAAUUUGUUAGUGUUUAAGAUGCUUAAGUCACUAGUUGUCGUAUCGUGCCUUGUGGCGGUCAUUCGCUGUGAUUCAGGUCUCAAAGUUGACGUGGUCAGUGUACCGGAAGUGUGUUCCAACAAGUCGAAAAAUGGUGAUAUGCUCACAAUGCACUACACCGGAACCCUCACAGAUGGCAAGAAAUUCGACUCAAGCCUCGACCGAGACCAGCCAUUCACGUUCCAAUUAGGCGCCGGCCAGGUCAUCAAGGGCUGGGAUCAAGGACUCUUGGACAUGUGUGUGGGUGAAAAGAGGAAACUCACAAUUCCUCCACAAUUGGCAUAUGGAGACCGAGGGGCUGGGAGUGUUAUUCCUGGUGGAGCAACACUCAUUUUUGACGUAGAACUCAUCAAUAUCGGAGACUCUGCGCCCAGCACCAAUGUCUUCAAGGAAAUCGACGACAACAAGGACAAUCAGCUGAGCCGGGAAGAGGUGAGCGAGUACCUCAAGAGACAGAUGACAGCUGUCGAUGGACAGGAUUCCGAGGAGCUGAAGAGCAUGCUGCAGGAGCACGAUAAGCUCGUAGAGGAGAUCUUCCAGCAUGAGGACAAGGACAAGAAUGGCUUCAUCUCUCACGAUGAAUUCUCCGGUCCUAAACAUGACGAAUUAUAAUUUUCCUCAAGCUCCCAUUUAUCGAGAGUUUUAUUUUAAUCACAUCACUUUUUGUUACAUUUACCAUUAUUGAAAUGAAUGUUAAUUAGGUAUAAAAUGUAUAAAAAAGUAAGUGAGAUGUGCAUUCACAAUUUUUUUCUCAUAUUCAAGAUAUUCUUUUUUUUCGUUUGUAUCUACUUAGGACUGGCGAAUUUUUUGUUCUCAAUUUUGCAAGAAGUUAAUCUUUAAGAGAAAGUUAGGCAAAGAAAAAAAGAUCCAAGAUAUUCAAAAUGGAAUAAAUUCUCUCUAGUUGGAGUAACUUAUUGUAUACUUGAUUUGUUGAUGUACAUAUUUAUUGAAAUAAUAUACGAAUCAUGCAAAUUAGGUGGUAAAUAUAGAGAUCUUCAGUCUUCUUGUUUUAUUGUAAUGAUUCAUCUCUCCCAGAAUGAAAUGUAAGUGAAACGAAAACAUAUCAAGAUUUUUGUACGCAGAAAAGGAAACAAUUAGAAAUUUGUGAGCUUUUGUACAUGAGAAUAUUUCUUAUCGAGGCAGCAAUGUAGAAUGAUGAUAGACAAGUUUUCCAAUAAAAAUAUUUUCAAGUUUCCGAA